CCAAGGGGGGCGAUAAUUAGAAUUUGGCGCCGCGGUGACGUUUGACUGAGGGCGCGUCAGUCGAGUCAAAAUGGCGGACUUUUGUAAGCUGAUUGUGGGUUUGUAAUGGAUACGAUUGUGCAAGGGCCCCCCGGCGAAGGGGCCCAGGACUUGAACCUAGUCGACGCCGCUUGGAGCACCCAAAACUCGCAAGAGAUCGUAAACAACAACUCUAUCCUUUAUAUUGCUGUCGAGUACAUCAAAGACGAGUACAAGAUGGAGUCGGCGGUCAACUUGCCGCCCCCGGAGAACUUCGCCGAUUUCGAGCAGCACGUGAGCCCCCUCGACCCCAACAUGAGCUCCGUGGCGCGCUACAGCCCCGUGUACAGCGAGCCCACCACUGAGUACAACCCCGUGGUGAUCCACCACCUGGUCCAGCCAAAUUCCAGUCAGAGCGAUAUUAAUAAUUUAGCCCCCGAACCCAUGCCUGUCUUAUGCAAUAACGACAUCCGGGAAGUCGUUGAUAACCAUUUUUUGCAAAUGGUCAACUCCGGGAACCAGCUGCAGGUGGUGCCCCCCAACGAGCAGGAGGUGGCGCUGCUGAUAACUGACCAGGAAACGGGCAUUUCGUACAGCGUAAGGGGGCAGGAGUUUCUCGUUGAGGACGAGCAGUUGCUAAAUGCGCUCAGUCCCGACCCGCUUUUGGACCCCCAUUUGCUGGCACUUGACGAAAACGCGCUCAAAACCGAGCUGGGGGAUGAAAUAAUUAACUCAACCGUUAACACAGCCGUUAAUAACUAUAUCACGAGUUUGAGUGCGGCCGUUGAUAACGACGGACAGUACAAGAUGGAGACCAGGAGGCAGAAACAGAACGAGGUCGAGUUUGAAGAUCAGUUAUUGUCCAAGGUUUAUAGCAUUGUGGACAAGCCGGUGCCGUCGAGGGCCAGGGCCACGCUGCCGGAGUCGUAUCUCACUCUGAGCAAGGUGGACCAAGCACUGGGCGUUUUUGCCAAGAAAACAAUCCCUCGAAGCACACAGUUCGGACCUUUGACUGGAAUUCUGAAACCGAGCACCGAACGUUUGAAAAACGGUCCGACGUCUUUGCAAUUUUUUAUCGAAGAUGAGAACAACGUCGUGUCACAGAUUGAUGUUUCGGAUGAAAAUGCUUCGAAUUGGAUGCGUUUUAUCAGACAAGCGACGAAUUAUAACGAGCAAAAUUUAUUGAUAACGCAGGAAGGCAACUCUUUGUAUUUCACAACGACGAGGAGCAUUCUUCCGAAGCAGGAACUGAAGGUUGGCUACAGUGUGCCCUACGCCACCCGUCACAAAUUAUCAAUUCUGGUCCCCGAGGAAGAAAAAUCGUGGCCUUGUUACGAAUGUUCGGAAACUUUUGCCUCCUCUGAUGAAUUACAGAAACAUUUGAACAUCCACGACAGUGACGAGGAAAACAAAUGGAAGAAAAAGAAUUUAAAAAAUAAGAAAAAAAUCCCAAAAAGUGAGACGUUUCAAUGUAAUAAUUGCAACGAACUGUUCGUCCAGCCGGGAAAAGUCGCCCUCAGGCAACACUUGAUUGAAAAACACCUUUUGAGCGGUUUGGACUUGAUCGAUCAGUAUUUUUCUUCAGUCAUGAAUUACAAGUGCGAUAAAUGCGAAUUGGUUUUCAAUUCGGAACCUUUGUUAAAAAUCCAUAACUAUCUUCAUGAUUCGGACAGUUCGGACGAACAAACGAAUCAUGUUUGUCCCAACUGUCAGAAAAAAUUCCCAACGCAACGCCAACUUGUUACGCACGUCGCUACGCACGCACUUACCAAAAAACCGGAAACGGAAACGUUCAAGUGUCCAGUGUGCCACAAAAUGUUCGCUAUGCGCGAGCGACUAAGGCGCCACAUGCUGGUGCACGGCUCUGACGACUCGAAGCCUCUCCAGUGUAAAACUUGCAAUAAACGCUUUGUGAACAAUUCGGCGCUCGCCGGCCACAUCAAGACCCACCUUGUGGGCAAAAAAAUCUUCGAAUGUCCCAUUUGUAAAGAAAAUUUCGACCACGUCCUAAAACUGAAACUCCACGUCCCCAAACACUGCGAAAAUAACACAUACUCGUGCCCUCAUUGCAGCAAAGUUUUCAAGAAGUACAGUAUCAUACGCAAACAUAUCCGUGCGUUUCACUGCGACCAGAAACACGCAUGUCCCCACUGUAUUAAAAUGUUCCCGACUUUGGAUAAAUUAAAAAUGCAUUUAUUGCGCCAUUCGGACCACCGGGAGUUUUUAUGCGCCGAUUGUGGCAAGCAGUUCAAGCGCAAAGACAAGCUGAAAGAGCACUGCAAGCGCAUGCAUUCGGAGGAGCGCGAAAACGACGUUCCAAGGCCCCCGAAACCCGUCUCUCAACCGGUGAAAAAACUCAAUCCGAAGAGCGAACCGACCGAUUUCCACCGAUUCAUCUACAAGUGUCACACGUGUCUUGUUGGGUUUAAACGUAGGGGGAUGUUGGUUAACCACUUGGCGAAGCGACACCCGGAUAUAAGCCCGGAUUCGGUCCCGGAAUUGAAUUUACCGAUUUUGCAAACGACGCGUGACUAUUAUUGCCAACACUGCGAUAAAGUUUAUAAGAGUAGUUCGAAACGCAAAGCUCACAUUUUGAAGAAUCAUCCGGGGGCCGCUUUGCCGAUGAGUAACCGGAAACAGGGCAAUUUUCCGGAUAAUUCCGGGCUUCCGAAUCCGACGUUUUCGCAAACUGUGGGCAGUAUUACGACGCGGCCGCAGAACUGCAAGUGGUGUCAUAAGCAGUAUGCGAGCAAAGCGAAGUUGUUGCAGCAUCAGAGGAAGAAGCACAGCGAGCAGUUGGCUCAGCAGAAUGGGGGCAAGGAGGAGCAGAAGUACACGCCGCCGGAGCAGGCGGAGGGACAACAGAAUGACUUGCAGGACUUUAAGGUGUCUGAGAGCGAUAUUUUGAACAGCGCCCUCGAAGAAUAUAACAAACGCGGAGGGGAGCAGUUUUGUCAUUUUGUUGCGAUUGAAGGUGGGGACGAGUUUGAGCAGUCAACUGGGGAUUUGGGGGCCCCCAAUUCGCAUUUGUUUCGCUUACUGACAACGAGCAACGAACUUCCAGGUUUAGUGCCACCACGUUGAAGAAAAACCUCGAGGAUUUCGAGUAUUUCCGGUGCUCCUUUGUGAGAUUUCCACUCAACUGAGUGAUUUUGAGCGAGUUUGUGCCGUAGGUUGAAACCUACGUAUUUAAUAAAAUGCAAAAAGUAACAAAAUAGAACGAGAGGCGAAGAGAAUUUUGGGAAAUUGAGAUUAUUUUAGCAAUAAUUGUCUUAAUUGUAACAAAUUUAUAAACGAACAAGCGCUUAUUGUUUGGCUUGGCCGCGGCCGCUUGUGUUUAGCUUAGGGACGUUUGUUUGGGUCAAAAAUGUAUCCUAGAUUCUAAAAGAAAUGAAACCUUUUCCCCGUGAUAGUACUAACACUUUGUAUUUUAACACGUAAAUAAUUAGGGAAAUGUAACCCUGUGAUUGUUGAAAACAAAGUCGCGUGACUUUAAAUAUUUUUAUUGUAAAAAAAAUUGUUAUCACCUAGAAACUCAUAUUGGUAGGCCAGGGUUCGGUAUCGUUCUGGACAAAAACAUCGUCCUCGGAGGCGCUCGUCCCUGGCGACGUGUACGACGUCUCCCCCACGCAGGUGUAGUAGCUCUCCCUUUUGCUUAAAGACACGUUGCGUCCGAUGCAACUCAGGCCCUCGGUCGCCCUCUGGUUGGACGGGUCGAGCCGCAGGGCCACGUUGUAGUGGUGGAAAGCCUCGCUGUCCUUGUUCAAAUUGACGUAGCAGUCGCCCAGCAUCUGGUGGAUGCGCGAGGUGGGGUGCUGUUCCACGUGCUUCAGCAGGAGCUGCCGAGCUUGGUCGUACUGCUGCUCCUGCUCGAGCAACUCCACGAGCAUACAGACGGCCUUAGUGGAAAACGUCUUGUCUUGGCUCACGGCCUUCUCGAGGAGGUUUCGCACCGUUUUCCCGGACGUCAUCGGGUCUUUGAGUAAAACGGAGGCGUGCAACUGCAGUGAAACUAUUUUUUGUAAUUGUUGUUAUUUGAGGAAUAAAUAAGAAAACAACUUAA